GAUGUCAAAUCUUAUUAAUUCAGCAUAUUCAUAUAGGCCGGGAUUUUACUGAUAAAAUUGAAAAAAUAUCCCAUGGAUGCAAAAAAAUUUAUUAACAAAGGGAGAAAAUCAAUAUCACUUCAUUCACAAUUAAUUCAGAGGCCACUUGCUUUAUCGCCAACAGCCACGUUUUCUUUCAUAAUGAUGAAUAAAACACCAUCUGACUCGUAUACUUGGGAUAAGCUUCUUGCUCAAAAUGAAAAUGUGUAUGGAGCUCCUGUUUCUUGUUUCCGACAUCUUCCAUUAUCUGAUGGUUGGGAGCAGAUAACUGAAGGAUUGAAGCUAGAAAUUAUUAACAUUGAUUGUGAUGCCUCACUUCAAGGUUAUUGGAUUGCAAGUAUUAUCAAAGUGACAGGAUAUUUUGCGUUAUUACGUUAUGAGGGUUAUCAAGAUGAUAAUAGCAAUGAUUUUUGGAUUAAUUUAGCAAAUCCUGAUGUGCAUGAAGUUGGAUGGUCAUCAACUAAUCAAUGUCAAUUAAUCCCACCCAAAAACAUACAACAUAAAUUUGAGGAUUGGAAAAAUUUUUUGGUUGAAACUCUGGUAGGUGCCAAAACCCUCCCAUCAAAUUUUCAUGAUAAGUUAAUGAGAUGUUUAGAAUCACGCUUUAGACCUGGCAUGCGUUUGGAAGCAUUAGAUAAAAAUGAUAUAUCUGCAAUGAGACCAUGUAUAAUAAAUAAAGUUGUUGGCCAGCGCUUGCAUUUAAUAUAUUUGGAACCAGGAAAAGAAUUGUCCAACACUGAAUCUAUAGCUUCAAAUGGAGCCUCAAAACCACCCAACUCUUUGCAUGCUUCCCUCAAUGACCACGCUGAAGUCGAAGGAUUUUGGUGUCACCAGAGUUCCCCCUUGAUACAUCCCGUGGGCUGGUCAGCACUCGUCGGUCACAAAGUUACAGCCGACAAAGACUACAUCGAAAAAUCCAAAGAAUUAGCUAUUCAAGGACGAUAUUCAAGCGAUUACGCCCCGUACGACUUGUUUACUAGACCUACUCGAACACUACCUCCGAACUCUAAAUUUGAAAUGGGAAUGAAAUUGGAAGCCUUGGAUCCUGUAAAUCUUUCCUCAAUAUGCGUUGCGACCAUUAGAAAGGUUUUAGAACGUGGAUACGUGAUGAUAAGUAUAGACGGAGCGCCAGAGAACGUGCAAAACGUAUUUUGCUAUCACUCCACUUCGCCAUACAUAUUUCCCCUGGGGUUUUGCAAAACCCAUGGCAUUGAACUUACUCAACCACGCGAUUACACCUCGUCCCACAACGUGAUUCCCAACGCUACUUCUGCUAAAAGGUUUGAUUGGGACGAAUACCUGGACGCAACGAAAUCCCAUUCUAUACCUGAUAUUGGCGACUACAAGGAGGACAACCUAUCAUCUCAGCACCCGACUUUGGCAGUGGGUAUGAAACUGGAAGCCGUGGACCUAAUGGAACCACACCUAAUGUGCGUGGCUACUGUCACGCGGGAGGCUGGGCGACUGCUCAAGAUCCAUUUCGACGGCUGGGACCGGGCCUAUGACCAAUGGGUGGACCGCUCUAGUUCUGACCUAUUUGCUCCAGGAUGGUGUGAGCUGGCCGGCUAUAGGCUCGAACCCAGCCCUACUGCCUCCAUAACCCCAGAGUCGCCCCACCGGGAAUCAUUUGAAAUUGAAGGAAAAAAACGUAUCAAGAGGAAUUCUAAUUCCAUCCCUAACCACAAGCGUUCAAACAAGCUAAGAAAAUCUAAGCAAUAAUUGGCUUUGCCGCUUUUACAAAACGAAUAUCAAAGAAAUUGUUUAAUAAUUAUAUCAUAGGCCUGACUAGAUUCACUACUUUUUACUCAUGUUUAAUUAUACACUUAAUAUAUAUGCAUAUAUGAUAGUAGAUAAUUUUUUUUUUAAACAUUUGCCGCACUGAAUAAUGAUAUAUCAGACUUAUUUAAUACUCGAAAACCUUAAGAGAUGAACCAAGUAUGAUAUUAUCCCUUUACUGUUUUAAUAAUAGACGUCAAAUUUGCUAAUUAUAAUAUAGUAUUAUCCUAUUUAA